AACAACAAACAAUAAUGCAUAUCUUACACCGGACCAAUGACCAUCAAUUUGAGGAUCAAAAAUUUAUGAUGGAACGCCUUAGUGGCCAUGGUAGCUUGGGCCUGUCAAGUAGUAGCCCGGCCUAUACAACCCAUUCAGGUGGGCAUUCAGGUAGAGGAGGACCAACGUCCGGACACAGUGGACACAGCGGCACCCAUGGGUCGGCAGCUACCAUGCAUCACCAAUCACUGCAGUCUGAUUUUCAGCCCCCGUAUUUUCCUCCACCUUUUCAUCACUCAGCUCAAAGCCCUCCUCAGCAACAGAAUCAUGGACCGCUCGAGUACUUAGGAACGGAUCCCUACGGCCAGCCGCUCUCCUCAUUGCACCAUGCACCCCUUCAUCACUACAAUCAGUUGGCGGGCCUCAGGUCCACACAGGAUCAACUGGGUAUUCACAGAACUCAUAGGGACGACUUGCAAGGACAUGUUACCCAACUAUCCCAUGGUUUUCCGUACACGGAAAGAAGAAGUGAUUACGGCAGUGCAAUAUCAGCAGGAGCAGCACACGGCACCAGACUUGGACAUGAACACGAAUCUCUGGCCUUACAUCAAGCGCUGCAGAAUGCGGUUGAUGAUGUCCAAGCUCCUGCCCUGGAUGACAAUGUCGCUUUCAUGUCAGACUUACCUCUGAUAAAAAGCAUGAAAAGUGGGAAGGAGGCUGGAAACAUAGGCUCCGGAUCGCCCAGCGAAGUGUUCUGUGCCGUCCCGGGUCGACUCAGUCUUCUGUCAAGUACAUCGAAAUACAAGGUAACAAUUGCGGAAGUCCAGCGGAGAUUGUCGCCGCCCGAAUGCCUGAACGCAUCUCUACUUGGUGGUGUACUAAGGAGGGCAAAGAGCAAAAAUGGAGGCCGACUCUUAAGGGAAAAGCUCGAGAAGAUCGGCCUGAAUCUGCCGGCCGGACGGCGAAAAGCAGCAAACGUGACACUGCUCACAUCUUUAGUCGAGGGAGAAGCAACGCACUUGGCCAAAGACUUUCACUUCGUUUGUGAAACUGAGUUCCCAGCUAGACAAUUGGCAGAAUAUAUUGUGCGGCAUCAAACAGAGCCCCAGGAUUCCUAUCGGCGGAAAGAAAUUAUACUUCACUCACAACAAAUUACAAAAGAGUUGAUGCAAAUAUUGAGUCAAGAUCGAACCACUCACUUUGGGACAAGAUCACAGCAUUUGUUGGAGCCCUCAAUGCAGCGACACUUAACACACUUUUCCUUAAUAACGCACGGAUUCGGUUCCCCUGCAAUAAUAGCCGUGCUGCAUGCUUUUCAGACAUUUCUGAAUGAAUCACUGAAUUAUUUGGAAAAAUUGUACCCUUCGAAUGGGGGCGGAAUGGUAUCUUCAUCUCUGGAUAAAAGUAAACUUGACAACGAUAAAAAAUGAUAGACUAUACUGCAACGCAAGAGCAACUCGUAUUUAAAAAAGAAAACUUUUAAUACAAAUUUAGGUACAAUAUCUAUUCUAAUAAGUACUAAAUUAUUGUAAAUGUAUUUAGUUUAGUGUAAAUUAUUGGAAAUUUGUAAAACCGUAAUUUUAAAGUACAUAUUAAAUGCAUAUGUACACACUUAUUAUGUAUUAUGAUUUCUUUGAAUUAGAAAAGUGAAUCAACGUGUUUCCGUCAAAAGUCACCAAGGGUUUUACAACACUUUA